AUGGGGGCGUCACAGAAGGGCGCCCCCUGGCGGCGGGGAGGACUCAAUGGGGCUGUCACAGAAGAGCGCCCCCUGGCGGCGAGGAGGACUCAAGGGGGGUGUCACAGAAGAGCGCCCCCUGGCGGCGGGGAGGAGUCAAUGGGGGCGUCACAGAAGAGCGCCCCCUGGCGGCGAGGAGGACUCAAUGGGGGCGUCACAGAAGAGCGCCCCCUGGCGGCGGGGGAGGAUGAGAAUGGGGGCGUCACAGAAGAGCGCCCCCUGGCGGCGGGGAGGAGUCAAUGGGGGUGUCACAGAAGAGCGCCCCCUGGCGGCGAGGAGGACUCAAGGGGGGCGUCACAGAAGAGCGCCCCCUGGCGGCGGGGAGGAGUCAAUGGGGGUGUCACAGAAGAGCGCCCCCUGGCGGCGAGGAGGACUCAAGGGGGGGGUCACAGAAGAGCGCCCCCUGGCGGCGGGGAGGAGCCGCGUGGGCGGAGCCAUCCCCCUUGGCGGGAGCCCCGAGAUGCUGGAAGGGAGCGGGGAGGGCGGGGGGGAGAGGAGGGGCGUGGUCAGGACGGAGCGGGGGGGGGAGUGGGCGUGGCUUGUGCCGGGGCGGGGGCGUGGCCAUCGCGGCUCUUCCCGCGGCAAAAGUGCGGCGGGCGCCAACUUCUCAAACUUUCCCCGCGCGCCGCCGGUACCGGGAACCCCGCCCCUCCCCCCCCUCAUUCCUCAUCCCGGGGACCCCCCUCCCCCCCCCUCCUCCUCAUUCCUCCGAGCCCCUCCCCCCCCACGCCAUGCCCCGGUGCGGCUGACACCGCCGCCAUGUACUCCCCGUACUGCCUGACCCAGGAUGAAUUCCACCCCUUCAUCGAAGCCCUCCUGCCCCACGUGCGCGCCUUCUCCUACGCCUGGUUCAACCUCCAGGCCCGCAAGCGCAAGUACUUCAAGAAGCACGAGAAGAGGAUGCCCAAGGAGGAGGAACGCGCCGUCAAGGCCGAGCUCCUGGGCGAGAAAGCCGAGGUCAAGCAGAAAUGGGCCUCGCGCCUCCUGGCCAAGCUCCGCAAGGACAUCAGGCCCGAGUGCCGCGAGGACUUUGUGCUCUCCGUCACCGGCAAGAAACCCCCUUGCUGCGUCCUCUCCAACCCGGAUCAGAAAGGGAAGAUCCGGCGCAUCGAUUGCCUGCGCCAAGCGGACAAGGUUUGGCGCUUGGAUUUGGUGAUGGUGAUCCUGUUUAAAGGGGUGCCGUUGGAGAGUACCGACGGGGAGAGGUUGGCUAAGGCGCCCCAAUGCGCGAGUCCCGGGCUCUGCGUGCAGCCCCAUCAUAUCGGGGUCACCGUUAAGGAGUUGGAUUUGUACCUGGCGUAUUUUGUGCGGUCUG